AUCUAUAAACAAAAAUUUAUGUGAAUUAUUUAUUUUAUAUAAUAGACAUUAAAACUAAAACAAUGAAUUUGUUCAAGUUUACUUCGAAAUUUUCAGCAUUAGUGGUACCAAUUGGAAAACGGUUUAGUCAACAAUGUCAAAUAGUCAAUAAGAAACCACGGCACCUGAUCUGCUUCAAGCAAUGGACCGCGGAGAUGGUGAUGGACGUCAUAAACAGUGCGAUAAAUCUCAAGUAUUGCUUCCGUGAUACACACAACCAAAAACUGAAUAUUUUAUCAGAUUCAAAGGUGAUGAUAUUGCAAGAAAUCAAUGAGCCCGUACUCAACAUGGCUGUGUCUAAGGCUGCAACGCUAUUAGGAGCUUACGAUGUUCACAUUGUAGAUCAUCUGGUGUGGGACCAUGAUUAUCUCGGCAGAGUGUUCUCGUACAUGUCAGACGCCAUAUUUGUAGCGACCACGACGCAUAUGUGCGUCCAGCGGUUCGCCGAACAGUCCUCGGUACCUGUAACUUGCAUGAAAUCAAGAACCCACGCCAGUAUACAAUCCCUCUCUACCGUCAUGUCCAUAGUUGAAGAAUUUGGCUCUAUGAAAGGCGUAAAUAUAUGUUACUUGGGAGCUCCACAUCCAGUACUGAAUUCUUAUUUGCUUCUCUGCCCAAUGUUGGGUGCCAAUAUUAGAUUUAAAUGUUGCUGUAUGAAAUGCCCUCUCAGUCCGCUAUUAUUUAAAGCAAGCGAAGAGCUGGCGAGCAAAUCAUAUACAGAAAUGAAAGAGUGCUUAAACAAAGAAGACGUGCUUCAAAAUGCAUGUGUGGUCAUAGCGGGACCUACAACCACCAAACAUGAUAAUAUUGAAGAAUUCCGAAUAGGGAUAGAGGAUAUACAAAAGCGAAGUUGUUGCCAAUGGAUUUUCUUCCACACAUGUCCUCGUGGGGAGGAAGUGGAUAACAAUUUAUUCAACCAUUACAAUGCUCGGACAUUCAAUGCAUUUGAAAAUAUGCAUUUUAUUGCAGCAGCCUUAAUGGCCUAUGGAAUUAAAAAUUACAUAUUUUAAAUCGGG